CCAUCCCCAGGCCGAGCCGGGCGGGACGGCGCUCCUGGCGGCCGCGCACCCACCGCGCCGCGCGCCGAGCUCCGGGGCCAUGGACGAAGCGCGGCCCCUGUGGGCCACCCCGCUGCAGUUCGUGUUCGCCUGCAUCUCGUACGCCGUGGGCCUGGGCAACGUGUGGCGCUUCCCCUAUCUGUGCCAGAUGUACGGCGGAGGUAGUUUCCUGGUGCCCUACAUCAUCAUGCUCGCCGUGGAGGGCAUGCCGCUCCUGUACCUGGAACUGGCCGUGGGGCAGCGCAUGCGCCAGGGCAGCAUCGGCGCCUGGAGGACCAUCAGCCCCUACCUCAGUGGCGUUGGUGUGGCCAGUGUGGUGGUGUCCUUCUUCCUCUCCAUGUACUACAAUGUCAUCAACGCCUGGGCCUUCUGGUACCUCUUCCACUCCUUCCAGGAUCCCCUGCCGUGGUCCGUGUGCCCACUGAAUGGCAACCGUACGGGCUACGAUGAGGAGUGUGAGAAGGCUUCCUCGACGCAGUACUUCUGGUACCGGAAAACCCUCAACAUCUCGCCGUCCAUCCAGGAGAGCGGGGCGGUGCAGUGGGAGCCGGCGCUGUGCCUCAUCCUGGCCUGGCUCCUGGUGUACUUGUGCAUCCUGCGGGGCACGGAGUCCACCGGCAAGGUGGUGUACUUCACUGCGUUGCUGCCCUACUGUGUGCUCAUGAUCUACCUGGUCAGGGGCCUCACGCUCCACGGAGCCACCAACGGCCUGGCAUACAUGUUCACUCCCAAGGUGGAGCAGCUGGCCAACCCCAAGGCCUGGAUCAACGCAGCCACCCAGAUCUUCUUCUCACUCGGCUUGGGGUUCGGCAGCCUCAUCGCCUUCGCCAGCUACAACGAGCCCUCCAACGACUGCCAGAAGCACACCGUCAUCGUGUCCAUCAUCAACAGCUCCACCUCCAUCUUUGCCAGCGUCGUCACCUUCUCCAUCUAUGGCUUCAAGGCCACCUUCAACUACGAAAGCUGCUUGAACAAGGUGAUUCUGCUGCUGACCAAUUCUUUCGACCUUGAAGAUGGCUUUUUGACAGUCAGCAACCUGGAGGAGGUGAAAAGUUACCUGGCGUCUGCCUACCCCAGCAAGUACAGCGAGGUGUUCCCACAGAUUAAAAACUGCAGCUUGGAAUCGGAGCUGGAAACGGCUGUCCAGGGCACCGGCCUGGCUUUCAUCGUCUACACAGAGGCCAUUAAAAACAUGGAGGUGUCCCAGCUGUGGUCGGUGCUCUACUUCUUCAUGCUGCUGAUGCUGGGCAUUGGAAGCAUGCUGGGGAACACGGCCGCCAUCCUCACCCCUCUGACUGACAGCAAGGUCAUCUCCAGCUACCUGCCCAAGGAGGCAAUCUCAGGUCUGGUGUGCCUCGUCAACUGUGCCAUCGGCUUGGUGUUCACCAUGGAGGCCGGCAACUACUGGUUCGACAUCUUCAACGACUACGCUGCCACGCUGUCCCUGCUGCUCAUUGUCCUGGUGGAGACGGUCGCCGUGUGUUACCUGUACGGACUGAGGCGAUUCGAAAGCGACCUGAAGGCUAUGACUGGACACGCUCUGAACUGGUACUGGAAGGCCAUGUGGGGCGGCGUGAGCCCGCUGCUCAUCAUCAGCCUCUUCGUCUUCUACCUGAGUGACUACAUCAUCACGGGGACCCUGCAGUACCAAGCCUGGGACGCCUCCCAGAUCCCUACUGUCAGAAAACGGCUCUGAGCACACAGGACUCGUGUUAUUCCAAACACACUCAGGAAAACGCUUUGCCGAACAGACUGAGAAGCUGGGGGCCCAGAGCUCAGGGAAGAGCCAGGCCAUCCUGCAAGACACGGCUGAGUGAGGAAGAGUUCUCAGCAGUGAAAACACCCAGGCCAACGGGACAGAACAGAAAGCCAAAACCCCGCAAGUGGAGGGAAGCCUGAUGUGUGACAGUGGCAGCACCGCACAGCAGGACGGAGGGAGUCGGGAAGGCUCUCUGCUGACUCUUCCCGUUAACCCAGUGGGAAAAGAAAACUGGGGCCUGUGUCGGAUGACAGCACACAGUCCCUCCCCAGGGGCUACACUCUCCUCCCUCCAUCACUUCAAGUAUGGCCAUGCGACUUGCUUUCACCAAUGAAAUGUGAACAGAAGAGAUUGUCACCUUCAAGCAGAAACUUCUCCCUUUUCUUUCUGCCAGGACGACUGGUAAUGUUUCUGUGUGAAGCUGUUCCGUCGCUCUGGGUCCCAAGAUGCA